ACGCAAGCCAAGCUGACACAUCCAAUCAUGGGGAAAUAUCCAGCACUGGCGAUCAGUCUCUGGUGACAAUGCAUUCAAGGCGUUGCAAAUGGUCGUGGCUGUUGACGAUAAUAAUCUUAUUGGUCGUCAUUGUGGUACUAACAGUGGUGGUCUUAGCAGUCUUACUGCCUGUUCUCACACUAGAGCUAUCUCAUUCUGAUACAUCAACUUCACCUCCACCCAUCAUAUACACUACUGUUUCUGAAUCUCCAUGGACAACAUCAACUCCGCCAACUAAUGUUUCUGACGAUUCUUUAGUGUUUCCUGCAAUUGCUGUAGCAGACAUGACUACUGUCCUUCCUGUAUCAGAAAAAAACCUAAGCAUCACUGUAAACAGCAUAUACGAACUGCCUGGGGGGUAUAUAAUCUUUGUUAACUCGUUUAUCAAGCAUGCAUAUGACUCGAUAACUUUCACUGUAUUCGAAAAAAUCCGGUUUUCUCACGGAUCUCUCAUUGUCUUCACAGUCAAAGAUUGUCAAGAACUGGAUGUUGACCGUAUUGCUGUGGAUAAAUCGAUCUCUCUGAGCGUAACUAGACCAAUACAACACGUUGACGAAGGUUAUUAUUUGGAUGGGUCCAGUCUAACAUAUUCAAUUACCCCAUCUCAAGGUAUUGUGUCCAGCUCAUGUGAUUGCCCAGUUAUUCUAGUGAUAUAUGAUGACCUGGAAAUAUAUAUCGAGUUUCUUAAAACUGGUAUACAAACUGGUUUUAUCGUUGACUUUUGCUUCAAUCGAGACGAGCUGUCUACAAAAAUAGUGGUCGAUAAAAACUCCUAUUUAUACGCUGGUCUGGUGAUCUGUACCACUAUUGUACCUACUACCAUCAAUCUACGCAUCUCUGGAAUUUCUCACCAGUAUAAUAUCCAUGCGAUUAGUGAGAAAUCCUGCGUCAUUUUUUAUGACAAUAACAUCAACCGCUGUACCAUUUCACUAUCUACUAGUAUCACUAUGGCUGAGGACAAUGAUGAACUGUGUAUUGUUGCUCUAGUAUUUCCUGUUAAUCGUACUAGUGUUGAGGGUGUGAGUGUUGAGGGUGUGAGUAUCAGCAAUGGCAAACGGAGCACUCCAAACUUAUUUGCUUUGGUGUGUGCAAUAUUCAACUUCAUGGUAGUUGCUAAGAUACUGUUGUAUAUACUAUAAUUAUGUAUACAUUAAAAUUAUAUAUGUU